AUGAGUUUAUUAGAAAAUCCCGAUACUAAAAAGACUUACGACAAGUGCAAAUAUAUAGUUAACGUGUGGGAACGUAGUUUUACCAAAAAGAAUAAUCGAAUUCCAUCCAAGUUAGACAUAAGAGAAGCUCCAAUAGAAGUAAGACAUGCCUACAGAAGAUACUUCCAAAUCAAAACAGCAGCCCUGGAAGAAACGUUCAUGGACGUCGAAGGCCUGGAAGAUGACGACAAUGAACUCUCAACUACAAUUAUUGAUCCAGAAUCCAACGACGACCAACAACCAACUGAUCCAGAAUCCAAUUUUCAAGGACACGAUGAUGAAUGCGCCAGUUCCAUCGACGUUUGGGGCAGUCAUUUGAAUAAAAGAAAAUCGCCCACUAGUGUUGAGAAAUGUUUAGACAAAGCCCCAUCAGAACCAGUACAAACCAUCACUAAAAAGCUGUUUCAAGGAUUCAAAUCUAAAAAACGAAAUCCUCGUAAGAGUUUGAGCCAAAAGAAAAGUAGCGAGGGUAGUUUUGUUGAAAGUCCAUCGUUUUGUUCUCAAACAGAGUCUACUGAGCUUGAAGAAUCAGCUUUUUUAAAUAGCAGUUCUAGUGAAAUUAAGCCUUCAUUUUCACUAAGUAUACUUGAUAGUAGUAGGGUUAAUAAGACAAGAAAAAUCGAUUCAGGGUGGUUGGAAAGACUUACAAACAGCACAGGAGUGACUGCAACAAAUCCAGAAUUGAGCACCAAAAUCAACUAUAGUGACGAUGACAGUGAUGAAAUCAUUGAAGGCUCAGACGAAGAAUCAAUGACAACAUCGUUUCAUGUUGCUAAAAAAAUCAAAAUUUCUGAACCAACAAAAACUAAUGACGAAAAUUCUCCCAACUUGCCCCAAAUUGACCUUCCUAUUAAAGAAGAUAAGAAGCAACCCAAAUCUAAGAAAAAAUCCCAAUCGAAAACAUCACCUCCAAUAAGAAAAUCCACAAGAACAACCAAAAACAAGGUCAGUUUGGAAGAAUUAUCCGAUCAAGAAGCAGAUCCCUUUGCUUCCGAUACCGACGACAAAGAUCCAGAAUUUGUGCUGCAACCCAAGAAAACCCCAACAAAAUUUGUUUUUGAUUCCAAAGAGAUUGUUACUAGUAAAAUAAAGAAACCUACAAAAGAAAUUCAAGAGAAACCUACAAAAGAAACUCAUGAAAACUACGAAUUAGAAUACAACGUCAAACCGCGAAUAUCAGCACCAAGAUACACCAACCUAAAAUCGAUAAUAAAAGAGAAACUCUUGGAACAACUACCCAGUGAAGAUGAAGAAAUUGAUGCCCCAAAAGACAAACGCCAACAAGCCAAGGAAAAACUGGAAAAAAAAGUUGCUUCAGGCAACCUCAACGACAACUUUGUGACAAUUAACAUCAAGAAGAAAACAUUUGUCCGUGGUAAAAAGGGCCGCAACUUUUCCAAAUACAAAAAGUCCCAAUUCAAGAGCAAACAAAAGACUUUACACGGCCCUGAUAUGGAUAUGGGUGGUUGUGAUGGAGGUAAACUGAUCUGCUUUAAUUGCGGCCAAGAGGGCCACUUUGCCCAAAAAUGCAAAGCCACCAAACAAGAUAAUCUAUUACCUCUAAAAAAUGAAGAAGAAGAAGAUUGUCCUUUUCCUACAUUGGAAGAAGCAACAAAAAUGGCUUCAGAUAGUGUUUUAAAUAUAAGAAGACCUAAACUAGAUAAUGAAGAGUGGCUUGAAGAUAGCGAUGACGACAUUCUAAUGGCUGAAGUUGAAAAACUAGAAGAGCAUGUUAAGAAGUUGGAUGUGCAAGAGUAUUUAGAUAAUGUCAAGGUUGUAAGGCCUUAUUAUCAAGAGCAUCUUACAGAGGCUCCUAAAGAAGUCGAUGAUGCUUUAUUGAAGUUUGGCCAUAAUGAAUUCAGACAAGGCCAAGAAAAGGCAAUAAUGCGCAUACUAUCAGGCAAAUCAACCUUAGUAACCCUAAGUACAGGUUCUGGCAAAAGUUUAUGCUACCAAUUACCCGCUUAUUUAUAUUCGCAAAGAGAACCAUGCAUCAGCUUAGUCAUAUCUCCGUUAGUAUCUCUAAUGGAAGACCAAGUAGUUGGUAUACCAAAAUUCCUCAAAGCUGCUUGUUUGCAUACAAAUCAAACCGAAAAUCAACGUCAGAAGAUUCUAGAAGCAAUUUCAAUAGGUGAUUUAAAUGUGUUAUUAAUAUCACCUGAAGCUGUAGUUGCCGGAGAGAAAAAGACCGGUUUUGGCUCGCUUUUUCGUAAACUGCCUCCCAUAGCUUUUGCUUGCAUAGACGAGGCCCAUUGCGUGUCUCAGUGGUCCCACAACUUCAGGCCCAGCUACUUGAUGAUUUGUAGAGUUUUAAAGGAAAGCUUAGGUGUACGCACCAUUUUAGGCCUCACUGCUACAGCCACUAAGGCAACUUGUCAAUCAAUUGUGACAUCUUUGGAUAUUAAAGACGGAAUUGAAGGAAUUAUAAGCGACGUGCCUUUGCCGGAUAAUUUAAAUUUGACAGUGUCCAAGGAUGGCAAUAGGGAUAGGGCUUUGUUAAAUUUGUUGUUGUCUGAGAGGUUUAAGGAGUGUAAGAGUAUUAUUGUUUAUUGUACCAGGCGGGAGGAAUGUGAGAGGGUGGCUGCGUUUUUGAGGACCAGUUUGAAGAGCGAGAAGGUUUUAGUGGAGAGUACUAAUAAUAAGAAACGUAAAAGAUUGAACCUUCAAGCCGAACCUUACCAUGCAGGCUUGUCAGCUUCACGCAGAAGAACCGUCCAAAACGCAUUCAUGUCCGGAGAAUUACGAGUCGUAGUCGCAACUGUGGCAUUUGGUAUGGGAAUCAAUAAAUCCGAUAUAAGAGCAGUAAUCCACUACAAUAUGCCAAACAGUUUUGAAAGCUACGUCCAAGAAGUGGGCAGAGCAGGCAGAGACGGUUUACCCGCUCACUGUCACGUGUUUUUAGACUCACGCGGUAGAGACGAAAACGAGCUGCGCCGUCACGUUCACGCAAACUCUAUAGACCGUCACGUUAUAAGAAAAUUAUUGCAGAAAAUUUUUAUACCAUGCAGUUGCAAGACUAAGUGUCCCAAACAUGAAGUUGCUUUUUCCAUUGAACAAACCAUUAGAGCUUUAGACGUACCAGAAGAAAACAUUUCUACAUUAUUAUGCUAUUUGGAGUUGCAUAAAAAUAAAUAUAUUGAACUCCUCAAUCCUGCCUACAUUCAAUGCAAAGUAAUCUCCUAUGGAGGCCCGUUGCAAAUCCGCAAAGCCUCAAAAGAAUGCCCCCCAUUGGCAAUGGCCCUAGCCUUACAUCCACCUAAACAAAACGAAGAAAACCUCUUGGAAUUUCCUGUUGUCGACGUUGCCAGCGCAAUGGGGUGGGAUAGCGGCAUUUGCAAACACAAACUGAAAAACCUAGAAUGGACCGGCCUUAACAAACGCUCAAAUUUGACAGUGCAAUUUUCCAAUUUGGGCUUUAGAUUGUUAGCACCUGGGAAUUUAACUGAUGAUGAGUUGGAUGAGGCUUUAGAUAAUUUAUGUGAGAGGGUUUUGAGUCAAGAGACUAAAGCAUUGAAGCAGCUGCAUUGUGUGCACAAGACUUUAUCUGAAGUGGCUGAGAAAAGUUACAUCACUUGCCUACAAGAAAAUACUGCUUUGAAACAUAAGAUUCGUGAAUAUUUUGAUUCAUUAGACCCCUUGGAAGAUGUUACAAUAGGAAAUUUGAAAAAUAUCAAUGAAGAUCAACUGUGCAAUGACAUACGCGCCAUGAUUAAUAUGUUUAGAGACAAUCAGUUUACUGGUAGAGCUUUGGCAAGGAUAUUUCACGGCAUACAAAGUCCCAAUUAUCCUGCCGUAAUUUGGGGCAGGUGCAAAUACUGGCGCAGCCAUUUGAACGAAGAUUUUCACGAAAUUUGCCGAAUCGCUACCAGGGAGAUUAUAAAAAUGAGAUAA